AUGAAACCACUAACGCCGUCGAGAGAUGGGGAUCUGGAUACAAAGAUAACGUCAUCGAUGUCCGACAAGGAAGCAGAAGAUGCCAUGUACAAAGCCAUAAAGCAUUGGAAUUUGAUGGAUAAAAUGGUGGCAAAUGAUUCCAAGAAGCAGGAUGAUAAUACGAAAGAACAGGAGCAUGUCGGGAACCGGAAAUUUGAGAUUGGCGAGCGUGUUCUCUUGCAUGCGGCAAUGUGGAAUAAGAUCAAGGAUGGAUUCAGAAUGUGGGAUGUCCCUUUUAAAGAUAAAGUUCAAAAGGUAUGACAAGAAAACUAUUAAUCAAUUAUCCCGUAAAAGUUUUACAUGUGCAUUGGCUGGAUUGUAUCAUCUGAGAAUGAAUCUCAAAGCACUGUCCGUUUCUAUCUUCGGUCAAGUGAACAUCAACAAACUCUGGGUGUCGACUUUCAAGUUCCCAAUUUCAUUAUCAAGAAAGCCCCUCGGUCCAUCAAAUUCCAGACGCUUGAUUUUGCAGUAAUUGUUGACACGGCUUUGGUUGGUAUUGUAAAAUAAUUUUUUAGUGUUUUUUUUAGAAAAAGGCUAAUACCUAUACGGUAUUGGAGUGUGGCUCAGGUAAUCAAUUGAAGUUGAGACAGUUUCAAACUGCAAUUAAAGUAUCCGUGGAUCAGACUGAAGUAAAGACAAAUCAUUUAUCGGGUUAAUGUUACUUUUAGGCCAUAAUACUUCCAGUGUACAAUGCAGAAGAGCCAUGGGUUGUCGAAAUUGAUAAUCGGAGAACAGCUGCUCCACCAAACAAUCCAUUAGUUGAGAAAUCUAAUAAACGCAGAAUGACGCAACUUAUUUUUGGAUGUAAAGGGGAGAAAUUGAACUCCCAAAUGGCUCUGGAAACACUAACGAAACUGAAUAAUGACAGAAAUGGUAUAUUGUUCACACAGGUUUGCAUCAAAGACGAAGAUUUUGUGAAUACAGUAAUCGAUGACAAGGUUCCCUUGGUUGUUGCGAUCGAAAUGAAUUCUCCUUUUCUCAUCAACAUACUCAUUGCGUGUGGGGCCGAUAAAGACGUUAUGGACAGAAGAGGCAACACACUUCUACAUCUAGCCGCAGCAACGUAUGUUUCUAUCAAAUAAUCUGACCAGUUACAGGGGUUCCAUACACACUGUUCAAACGAUCCUGUACUAUAUUCCCGAGGUGAUUAAUACUCCCAAUCUUGCUGGGGAUACGCCAUUCCACGUUUUGUGCAAAGCAAAACAUUAUAAACUUCUGGAGAAGUUCUUGGAGAUCCCGGAAGUCGAUGUCACCUUUCGAGACUCGACUGGAAACACUGGCUUUCAUAGUCUAAUCAAAAUGGAGGAAGACGACCCAAUACGAAUUAAAUGUUUGUCACUGUUCAUGAGACCUGGUCCAUGGUUAACCGCCACUAACGGUGAGAACAUGGUCCCUUUGCAUGCUGCAAUUGCUUGGAAAAAGGAAAUGUAAGUAACGCAAAUAGAUUUUGAACUAUUCUCUAGGGCUGUAAACAUGUUCCUGGACAAUAUGAGCUUCGGAGACAGACCGAUCGGAUCUCCAGACACCGAUCUAUCGUUGGCUCAGGUAGCAGCAAAGAUAGGGAACUACAACAUCUUUCACAGAAUUGCUUCUGGAUGCAACGGAAGCUUCAUGGAGACCAGCACCAAGAAGAAUGUCAUGCACUUUGCAGUGGAAGGAUGGAGUAGAAACGAAAGUGAGGACUACCAAAGAUGUAGAAUCGUCCAGUUCCUGCUUGCCCGUCAAGAUGCUGUUAGACUUAACCAAGCAGAUCUUUUCGAGAACACCGCGGUCCACCUGUUGGCCAGAGUAGUCAAUGAAUUCGACCGCAAAACGCCUUACGAAAACAAAAUCUUCGAUUCGCUAGUGUCCAGCAAAGACCAGGUAAAUGUCCUAUAACCGAUGUACAUGUUUUAGGGCCUAAUGGCAUUAAUGAAUGCUUCCGAAGGCAAUUACCCUCUAGCGACUCUUUGUUUCUUUUCAACUUGUGGUGCUGACUUCUGGCAUGUGAAUGCUGAUGGAUUCACCCCUUUAGAUUUACUCGAAAGGGAGAACCUCCGAGUCCUAAUGGCCGAUUGUUCUAGAGCUGGAGUCAAGUAUGUUUCGAUUGAUGUGUGAAAAUUUUACUGACUGCUUAAUUACAGCUCCUGGACCCAAAUGCCAACCCGCAAGAAUGUUACAACCCCAGAGACUAGAAAUUGUUUCCGUUGCAAGAAACAAAUGGAUCCGAACAACGUUGUAUAUUGUCUACCGUGUCAGCAUUACUUUGCAUGCGCAGAUUGUCGUCAACACAUUGCCAGAAUGGAUAGAUGCAUGAUCUGUUCGAGUGAAAUUGAAGCCAUUCGCGCUUUGUGUGACGGUACGUACGGACUUGAAACAGUAUACUUUUCAGGAAAUGACGAACUGUUACACGGCGAAGUUGCGCCGCAAUGCACAGAGGAUGGAAGAAGUAAGGCGGAUUGCAGAAACUAAUUACAUUUUUAGAAGUCACGGACGUGCUUGAUGAAUUGAAGAACAAGAUCACGGCAUUAGAAGACAGUAUCCUCUGUGAGAUAUGUAUGGAAGAGCAAUGCAAAGUAGUAUUCAACUGCGGCCACACCGCCUGCCGCAACUGUUCAUCCGAAAAUAUCCUCAAGGAUUGCCAUAUGUGCCGUCAGCCGAUUAUAAAACGGGUUACUAUUUUCUAA